CCUCCCCGUCUCCAGGCAUAUAAAGUGGGGAGCGCUCCCGCGGCCGGCCAAUGCGCCCGGAGAGCAGCGCUCGCCCUCCCCGCUGCAGACGGACGUCGAGGCGGCGAUGAGGCUCCCGCUGGCUUUCGCCGUGCUCCUCCUGGCCUCGUCACAGGCCUUGGGCGAGGAGAUGGGAGCCACCGACGACCUCAGCUACUGGUCCGACUGGUCCGACAGUGACCAGGCGAAGGAGGAGCUGCCGCUGCCCCUGGAGCACUUCCUGCAGAGGAUGGCCCGGAGACCCCGGCCCCAGCAGUUCUUCGGCCUCAUGGGCAAGCGGGAUGCCGGAUAUGGCCAGAUCUCUCACAAAAGGCAUAAAACAGACUCCUUUGUUGGACUUAUGGGCAAAAGAUCUUUAAAUUCUGGGUCCUCUGAAAGGAGCAUAGCACAGAAUUACGAACGAAGGCGUAAAUGAGACAUUCCCGUGUGUUAUUUAUUAAACUUCAUUUGUUCUAAUGGCCAAUGCAGUGUAAUAUAAACUAACCACUGUAUGAAAUAAUUAUUUAUUUAAUAACUGAAGGGGUUUGGUUUUUUUCGAGUUGUACAUUCAAUAAAAAUAUUAUUUUUCAUAUUGUGGCAGUGACACGUGUUGUGUAGGUGUGUUGUGGUUCUGAAAGGACCAGCAACCCUGGUGAUGUCUCACAACAAAGCACAUGUUUGAUAUGACCUGUAGAGUUAUGUUUACUAAACAAGCAAGUAUUCUUUUGUUCACUGAAAGCAAGUCUAUCAGCUUCACAGCUAGUGCAGAACAGAACUGAUGUUCAGUCUAGUGCCUCAAUUUGUUUUCAUGGUUUAUUAUGUACUGUAAUUUCUGUAUCAAAAAUAUAUUUGUAUCAUUGCAGCAUGUUUUAUGUUCUGUGGUUAUGUAUCAAUAUAUUUUGAAAAGGGGGAUGGGUAAUGUUUGAAUGGGAAUCCAAGGUCUUCAUUUCAUAGUUUGGAAUUUUAUGAUAGUAACAUUUUAAAUAAAAACUACUCUGGGGCUUUUGCAACAUA